AUGUCACAUAGUUCUCUCGAAAAAGAGCAUAUUGAGCCGGUUCAAAGCUAUGGAGUUGGUGAAAUUCACCAGUAUAUAUCUAAUGCUACCCAAAGAGAUCCACAUCUUGGUAUAGAUGAUGCCAUUGGUGAUGAAGCAAAGGCUAAAAAAUUGUUGGCAGAAGCUCAAGCUAACUUAGAGUUGGCAGCAGUAACUGGUUAUACACCUGAACUUCGUAGAAGCUUUAGUAUUAUUUCACUUUUAGGAGUGGGGUUUGGAUUAACUAAUUCUUGGUUCGGUAUCCUGGCCUCUUUAGUUACUGGGUUAUCGAGUGGUGGUCCUCUUCUUAUCAUAUAUGGUAUUCUUAUUGUUGCUUUCAUAUCGAUGGCUAUUGCAAUUAGUCUUUCCGAAUUAGUUUCAGCAAUACCAAAUGCCGGUGGUCAAUAUUAUUGGACUUCAAAAUUGGCUCCUCCUAAAUAUUCAGCUUUUGCUUCCUAUAUGUGUGGUGCAUUUGCCUGGGCUGGUGCCGUGUUCACAAGUGCUUCAGUUACAGUAUCUAUUGCAACCGCACUUGUUGGAAUGUAUGUGUUGGGAUCAGGGGAUGCAAAUACAACAGUUGAAACUUGGCAAGUGUUCAUUACUUAUGAAAUAGUUAACGUAUUGCUUGUUCUAUUCAACAUUUGGGAAAAGCCAUUGGCAAGAAUCUCUCAAGGUGCAUUAUAUAUCUCGAUAUUUUCCUUCAUUGUGAUCACCAUAACGGUUUUGGCUAAAUCCAGUGGCCAUUACCAAUCAGCUAGAUUUGUUUUUGUUGAAUUCAGUAACGGGACCGGAUGGUCGUCUUCAGCUAUUGCUUUCAUUGUUGGGUUGAUCAACCCAAAUUGGUCUUUUAGCUGUUUAGAUGCUGCAACCCAUCUUGCUGAAGAAACACUUACUCCUCAAACUGAUAUUCCAAAAGCAAUCAUUGGUACAGUUAUUAUUGGAUUUUUAACUAGUUUCAGUUAUGCUAUAUCAAUGUUCUUCUCAAUGAGAAACCUUGACGAAUUAUUAAAUUCCAAUACUGGUGUCCCAAUCAUGGACAUUUUUUAUCAAGCCCUCCAAAGCAAAGCAGGUGCAAUUGUUUUGGAAGUUUUGAUUUUAUUAACUGCUAUUGGUUGUAACAUUGCUUCGCACACCUGGCAAGCUAGAUUAUGCUGGUCUUUCGCCAGAGAUGAAGGUUUACCUGGAUCUCGUUACUGGUCGAAAGUCAACAAGAGAACUGGGGUCCCAGUAGCUGCUCACUUAAUGUCCUGUGCCUGGUGUGCAGUCAUUGGGUGUAUUUACAUGGGUUCUACCACCGCUUACAACGCCCUUGUUACCGGGUGUAUUAUUUUCCUAUUAUUGUCCUAUUCUGUUCCUAUCGUCUUUUUAUUAAUAAAGGGACGCAACAAUAUCAAACAUGGACCCUUUUGGAUGGGCAAAAUUGGUUUGGUUUCUAAUGUCAUUGUUUUAUUAUGGACUGUUUUCACAACUAUUUUCUACAGUUUCCCACCGGUUAUGCCAGUAACUGCGGGUAAUAUGAACUAUGUUUCUGUUGUUAUUGGCGUUUUUGGAAUCUAUUGUGUUAUCUACUGGUUUGCAAGAGGGAAAUAUAGAUUCAAAACAGCUAGUGAUAGAGAAAAAGACAUUGAUGGAUUAACUCAUCAACUUUCUAACCAAGUCAACCAAUUGGAGGCUAUAGUAUCCCAGGGCAAGGAGUAA